AUGACGUGCAGCCGCAAAAAAUUUCGUGGUGCAGGCCCAGUUCACAUAUCAGUAGGACGUUCCAAGCAUUUGAUUUGGACCGCCGAGCCACGAGACCAUGCGAGCGAGCAGAGGCUUGCAGCUCAAAUCCACACAGAAAUGAUAAAUAAGCAAAAUCGGAGAGAGGCAGCAAGGGGAAGGGGUCAGGGUCGAGGUCGAAUGGAUCGAAGGCAGGAAGAGCCCGCUAGAAUUGCACGAGAACAACCUCCCGCUUCUUACGCCGCUGAAGUCAAGCCCGAGCACGACAAGCAGUGGGGAGUACUGCCAGCAUGGAAGCCCGAAGAACUCGAGCGCCUUGGUCGGUUGAAUCUUCGGAGUGGACUGGCGGCAGUAAAUGCUACGGAUUCAUCGAUCACUGCUUCGAAUCGGAGAGGUCAUCAAAACCCAGCCCUCUCUCUACAAAGCUCAUUGCCUCCCGCGGAACGACUUGGUUUUGGCUUCUCUGAUACUCGCAGCGGAAAUCCAUCACUCUGGAACCCGCCACCACCUUCAGCUCCAGCAUCCUUUGGUGUUCCAGCUUUCUCCAAUAAGCGUACAAGUGAAUUUCAGCAGCACACUCGUACCGGCGCGACUUCACGAUCUUCUCAAAAUCAGGAAUCUUCACAGCAGGCUCCCAACAGAGAACCCUCACAGAAUACCUAUACGGCCCCUCAAAAUCCCCAUACAGCUGAAAUUUUGUGGCAAGAACCAUCAAGGCCAGUCGUUCGGUUGCCGCCCGCACCUUUCAACAUCCAGACCGAGAAUACCUCCCACCAGUGGCAACCAAGCGUCAUCAACCCCUCCAAAAGAGUUAAAAUUUCAACCUCCCACGACAUUGAGCUAGCCCAAGCCCGACUCCGACAAGCAAUAUUGCAAAGCAGAGCUCAGAAGACAGGCGCAUCAGCCCCUUACGACGAAGCAGGAGCAGCAGAACAAUCAGAUAAGAUGGGUCGAUCGACGAAAAAGCACAUGACUUCUGAGAAGGAGCACAUUGCUUCUGAGAAGCAGCAGGCUGUCGAUUCAAUGAAAUCAACACCAAUGGCCCGCUCCGGCCUGGCAAUUGCAAGCCCACCAACCGUUUCCCAACAAGACCAGCUACCCACCUCCCCUCAAGCCGACCACGAACCACAAGUCGCAGACCGUCAAGAAACAGUUUCGUCACUUCCAGCAGACAUGGCAGCCUUCGAAAAGCUGAACUAUCAAACCCAGAAGGACAACAUUGUUCUUCGGGAUUUGGUAAAUCUCUUGACCGAGGAGAAGGCGCAGCUGCGGGAUAUGAAUGCAGAGCUACAGCGCAGACUACGCGGUGUCAAGAACUCGAUCUCAGCUUUUGUCCGAGCCACUCCCGAUAACGACUACGAUGCGGAGAGGCUGGAGGAGUUGGCACGGAAGCAGAGGGAGCUGAUUGAGGAGCUGGAGUUCUGA